UGUUUUGACAAAAAUGAAAAAAAAAUUUUUUUUGAGUUUCAUCCUUAUUCCGAUGAUAGAAGGUCUGGUUCACAAACCUUUCUGCGGAAUAGGAAUGACUGCCUAUCUUAGUAGCAGUUAUAAUGAUUCCUACCCUAUAGAAAAUGUUCUCACCAAUUUCUGUGAAUUUGAUUGGUCACCUGAUUAUCCAAAUCCAGAUGAGAGGUUCACCUACUGGUUAGGAGAAAAUGGAACUGGUUAUCUUCCAUAUGACGUAUACUUUGAAUUUGGUUGCGAAGUUAGAAUUAGUGGAGUCUUUAUCAGAAACACUCACAACGAUAGGGAUCAUAAUGCUGGAAGCAAGGAUAUAACGAUUGAGAAUCCAAAUAAAGAUGACCAGGUGUUAAUAAACGCAACACUCCAAGAUGGACGAAAUGCUACUCCUUGUUCUCAAUUUGAUGUCAUUCCACUACCAGCCGAAUCCUUUCAAACUGACACGGUGGAAAUGAAAAUACUCUCGGCAUAUGGAGAUCUACCUGGACUCAACUUUGUGGAGUUUCUCGGAGUAUCUUAUGAUGGUUAUGAUCCUGUUUCUGGAGAUAAGUUUACCAUAAAAACUGCGAACAAUGCAUAUUCUGAUGGUUACUGUAUACCUUGGACUUUUCCACUUAUCAAUCCAGGAGUUCCAUUUGAUGUUUCCAGCUCUGGUAGUGGUAGUGGUUAUGGAUCUGGAUCUGGGUCUCCGUAUGAAGGUUCCGGAUCUGGAUCUGGGUCUCCGUAUGAAGGUUCCGGAUCUGGAUCUGGGUCUCCGUAUGAAGGUUCCGGAUCUGGAUCUGGGUUUUCCUAUCAAGGUUCUGGUUCUGGAUCUGGGUUUCCUUAUGAAGGUUCUGGAUCAGGAUCUGGGUUUCCCUAUGAAGGUUCUGGAUCUGGGUUUCCCUAUGGAAGUUCAACGAUGGAACCCAUUGGACAAAUUUAUCCAGCAUCCAUUGAAUAUUACAACACUGCUUAUAAUAAGAUUAUUUAUUUGACUGUGCAAGGAAGAGAAGCGGAGUUUUUGCUUACAAACAAUAUACAAAGUCCCUGUUCGGGUUCAGAGAUUAAAAUAAAGAUAACUUUUAAUAAUAUUUCCAUGAUGGACUGUUCAAACAAAGUCUUAACAUCAGUGGUGAAAACAAGACUGUUCUCAGAAGAAGUCCCAGUAUCAUAUUGGAUAAAAACAGCUCUGUCCAAUGACACCAUAAGUCAAUCCAUAUCUAUGGGUUGGUUUCUGUUCCCAACGCCUCUUCUAAAUAUCACAGUGCCAGCUUUCCCCAGCAGUGCCCUUUGCUUCGCUGGAACUGGAAAUUUGACAACUUUUGAUACUUUUGUGUACUCUGAUGAGAUGACAACCCAUGGUGAGUAUUCACAGUGGAGUAACUGGACUGAAUGCUCUGGAAGAUGCGAAAAUGAAGGGUUGUGGACCAGGAAACGGGAAUGUGAUAAUCCUAAACCCUUUGGUCUGGGAUAUCCCUGCGCUGGACCUGAUAUCGAAGAAAUACCUUGUACAAAUCAGUGUGAGGAUAUUCCUGUUCCAUACAAGCUAGAGAUGUUUCUUUCCAAGACCUCGGGUCAGGGUUCUGAGACAAGUAUGAAACUAGGAGAAUGGAUCAACUAUAAACUCGACAUAGAUCUCCCUGUAGUUCCCUGGAAUGAAACAAUAUUUUUUCUGGAUGUUAACACCGUCAACCCUGAUAAUCUUGGCUAUGAUGGCUAUGAUGGCAGGAGUACAAUGGUUGUGUGUGAACCUGAAGUAUCAUACAUUGGUGACAACUUUGAAACCUUGUCAUAUGAAUCCCUUGAUGAGGAUUUGUAUUGGGAUUAUAACUAUCAGGUUACUGGACUAGAAAAGACCCGACGCCUCCCCAGGGGGGUGGGCGUGUUGCAAUGGGUCGGAUACACCCCUCUUUCUCCGUAA